UCGGUCGAUGGUGCCACUGCCGCCGCCGCCGCCACCGCCGCCGCUACUGCUCCUUGUGAGGGGAAAAGAAGCCGCCUCAGCCGCCGCCAUUACAAGGCCGCUUUUCUUCCCUCGCUUCACCCCACCCACCGAUACCCUCCUCCUCCUCCUCUCCUCUCACCGCGCCGGGGGAAGGAAGGAAGGGAGGAAGGAAGGAAAGGAGAGGGAGAGAGGAAGGAAGGAAGGAAGGAGGGGAACAUGGCGCCGCCUCCUUCUCCUCCCGCUGCCGCCUCGGGUCCUUCUCCGCCCCGCCCCGAGAGCCCGGCCAGGACCCGCUGCUACCGCCGCCGCCGAUCCGGGGGGAAUGCUGUCUAUCCAGUGCUGAGGAUCAGUGACAACUGAGCUGCUGAUGGCACAUGCAGCAGGGAAAUAGCCACCUUCACUGUCCUGGAGAUGAUUCACCUGGAUCGCUAACAGCCAUCCCAUCAUUUUUGAUAUUUCAUGGGAGUGCAGCAGACUCUAAUACUCUAGGAAGAAGCCGAGUGUGGCAGGAUGUUUGGAUGAUGAUGAUGGCAAGGAAGCAAGAUGUUCGCAUUCCCACCUACAACAUCAGUGUGGUG